GAGUGAGUGAGAGAGAGAGAGAGAGAGAGAAGGAGGGGGACGCGGUUUCCUCUCCGCACGCGCCGCAGGAACACAGCGAACCGACUGGGAGGGAAAACGCUGCAGACGGACAGAAAGGAACCCGAGCGGCUCCGACUCCUUUUGUUUGAGGGAAAAAGCGGCGGAACCGAGGAACCCAGAACGAUGAACGCGCGAGCUCGGACGUGUCCUCGUGACAGCCAUCUUUAAGAGCUUUUUGUGUGUGUGUGUGUGUGAGAGUGAGAGAGAGAGUGAGUGCUCCUCGCAGGCUAAUUUUUGUAGGAUUAGUAGGAGGAGGCGGAGGGUGAGGGGGGGAAAAAUUCGCCCUUCCUUUGAGGUAGGAUAUGGAGCAUAGCAUUUAGCCUCCAUACUGCACGCGCCGGUUUGUAGCCUAAAACCCACCUCCUUUUCUUCACACUGUUUGUUUUACUAACAUUGUUUGUUUGUCCAUAAUAUUUACGCAGCACGUCGCUCUUUCUUUUUAUCCGCAGAGCUUCUCUCUCUCUUUCUCUCUCUCUCUCAUAUGCUACACUGUAUAAUCAGUCUCUGCGCGCGGUGCGUUUCAGGCCUUGUGUUUGUGGAUGGAAUGUAACAGUAACAUUGAAUCCGCAGCUGCUUUGAUCGCAUCUCUUCUGAUCUCUAUAGAUUGACUUUUAACAGGCAGAGGAAGAGAGAGGGGGGGAAAUCAAAUAAACCGGAUGAAUUAGAACUACAUAUGUAAAAAUAUCCUAGCCGUUUUUGUUCUCCGGAGGUUUAAAGGCGCCCUGCGUGACUCGGUUGUUUAUUCUAGUGGUAGUAGAAUUAAUAAGGACUAGGAGGGGUUGAAAAGGACGUCGGCGCGUUUUUCAAUGUUAAUGUCGACCGACGUUGCGUCCAUCAUGCUGCCCGUUAGUCGGGGACUGAUGGAGCGGGACAGCAGGGACUUGGAACCGAACCCUAGCCAGAACCCGCAGGCGCAGAACCAGAGCGCGAGCCCUAACCCGGUUCGAGGGAUGAAGCGUGGAGACCCGGAGCCCGACGCGCACGGAGCCGCUGCAGCGCCCCUCGGGGACUCGGUAGGGGCCGAGUGUAAGAGACCCCGCAUGGAAGGCGGAGGAGGGGAUCUGAGCCAGAACAAUGAUCCACUCAACAUGGGCUUCCAUGCAUACCCCUCAACCAGUCAGGGUUCUCAGGACGCGAUGGGGGCUCAGGAAGGCCUCGUCCCUCCACCGUACUCGUCCUUCCCCCCUCCUCCUCCGCCGCCGCCCCAGAACGGCUUGCCGCUGGACUUCGGAGGCAGCGGUAUUUACCCCGCAGGGGGCCAGGGACAAGUGGAUGCACCGUCAGGGAUCACUAACCCCCCCUCAGCCCCCAGCACUCUCAACACACAAAUAUCAGAUGGCUCCUCCCAGGCCGAGGGCCCGUCUACGUCGGCCAGUGGUUCAGGAGUAUCUGGGACCGAAGAAUCCGCAGACGGGAAAGUGACCCCGAAACGUCUCCAUGUCUCCAACAUCCCCUUCCGCUUUCGAGACCCCGACCUGCGCCAGAUGUUUGGGCAAUUCGGGAAGAUCCUGGAUGUGGAGAUAAUUUUCAAUGAGAGAGGCUCUAAGGGCUUCGGCUUCGUGACGUUCGAGAACAGCGCGGACGCUGAGAAAGCCCGCGAGAGGCUGCAUGGGACGAUAGUAGAGGGCAGGAAGAUAGAGGUGAACAACGCUACAGCUCGCGUGAUGACCAAUAAGAAGCUGGUCAGUCCGUAUGCUAACGGAGAGGGACUCAGCGCGCUGCCUUAUGUAGCUGGGUGGAAGCUGAGCCCCAUGGUGGGUGCAAUGUAUGGGCCGGAGCUCUAUGCAGGUGAGGUGUUGGUUCCAGGGUUUCCGUAUUCCACAGCAGCAGCAGCGGCGGCAGCCACUACAGCCGCCACCUUCAGGGGUGCUCACCUGCGGGGUCGCGGCCGGCCCGUUUACGGCGCUGUGCGUGCAGCCAUCCCGCAACCCGCCAUUCCAGCAUACCCAGGCGUGGUGUACCAGGAUGGUUUCUAUGGGCCCGCAGAUCUCUAUGGUGGUUAUGCGGCGUAUCGCUACGCCCAGCCCACCGCCGUAGCAGGUCCAACUGCAGCAGCAGCGGCGGCAGCAGCUGCAGCAGCCUAUAGCGACAGUUAUGGUCGUGUGUAUGCGGCAGAUCCCUACGCUACAGCGCUAGCAGCCCCCACGGCUGCAGCAUAUGGAGUGGGCGCGAUGGCCACCCUCUAUAGGGGCGGAUACAGCAGGUUUUCUCCUUACUAAACUCCCGAACCUCUCAGCUCCACCGACUCGCCCCAAAUUUUACCAACAAUCAGUCUCUUAGGAGCACACAAGUCCUUUUUUUUGUGGACAAAACAAAAACACACCGCUUAAGAAUAAAUACUUGAGAAAGGAAAGUACAUCACUACAAGUGGGUUUUAAAAAAAUAAAAAUUAAAAAAAAAAAAAAAAUUACAUACCUAAAAGUAACUUUAAAAGACGAGCGAGAUGCUGACUGAGGAAUUGCACGGCUGAAAAAAAUAAUUUCUUUCCUUCUUUGGCACGUUUCUCUGCACAUAUGCAUGCAGUAAUGGCUCUAGAGCAACGGUUCGAACAGCCAACAAACUCCAUGUGCACAGCGUCUGGACUACAACGGACAAAGUUUGUACAUCGCUCUUCAGAGUACCACACUACAUUAUACCUAGCCCUAACAAAGAAGCCUGCCCACACCACCACAUUGACUGUAAGAGGACACGGAUCACACGAGCCACCAACAAACAGAACCCGCACGUUCUUUAGUAGAGGAACCGAGAAAACACGACAUGAAAGGAGAUGACUGUUUGAAAAUGGUGUGGUUUUUUUGUUUGUUUGUUUGUUUUUUGUUUUUUUUUCUCUGCUCAUAAGGAAAGAAAAGACUGGGAUGUAAAACAAAACUGACAGCUGUUACGAAUCAGCGAAGAUUUCCGCACGCUUAUGGGACGACGUGUCAUAACAUAGCAUAACCUACGGAAAACCUUGCUUCAAUCUUUUCUCGUUAUUUUUUUUUUUCCGUUCGCGUUCAAAUUACCUCCUGCUUUCGAAGUCUUUCUGAAAAGACGUACCUUUAAAAUUGAAUAGUAGCAAUAUGCAAAUAAACUAGAUUAGAACAAAAAUGUUACCAAACUUCGUUAUUAUUAUUAUUGAGACUAUUUCUUUAAACGCCGUCCCUGUGACCUGUUGACUCCUAUAUAAACGGAGGUUAAAUAACAAAAUUAUCGAAAUGUAACCCGAUACUAUAUCACCGUUUAGGAAGAAAAAAACCCGCACACUAAGAAUUUUUACAAUUUGUUCAGGCCCUCGUUGGUAUUUAGAGGCCUUGAGCCCUUUUUACAAGAAUCGUGCUGUCAAAUAUGCAACUUGGUUCAUUUCACAACAGGGUGUGCAGCAAGCGAAAACUUUGGAUAUUUAAAAAAAAAAAAGGUUAAACGACAUAGUAUUUUCUUUCUCGCUUCUCGUCGUGUAUUUACUCUUAUCUUAUCUUCUGAAUAUUGAUAUUAUGUCUUAUGAAUUUUGGUUCCAAAGAUUUUGUGAAGCACAUUGGGUUUUUUUUUGUUGUUUGUUUGGUUGUUUUUUUUUUUUUCUUUUGCAUAUAUGUAUGAGCCUAUGAUAAUUUUCUGUUGUUUGCCUCGUUUUAUUUUUGUAUCAAUAGAUUUUACUGUUUGUUUGAUUUUGAAGUGACUUCAAAAAAAAAAAAAAGCGGUUUGAAAUGAAAUGGACUUUGCAGUGCAGUGUCUGCUGUGCCAUCGACAUCCUGUUUCCACCGUAAUUUAUUAACAAACCUAUCAGUCGAGCAGGUUAUUCUGUGGUCAGGAUUUCUCAGUGUGUACGUGCUUCGUUCCGAGUCGUGUCGCAGUACUUCCGUGCUGGAAUGUUGGAAAAGCAUGAAACCUGAGCUACUGGGUAUUAAUCGUGUCUGGAUUCACGCGUUUAAAAAUGAUUUCACAGCGUUGAUCAUGACGUCAACACGUGUACUAUAUAGGGAAGUGAUAGAAAACAUUUCAUACUUUAGUUAAGCUUUUUAGUUUAAUCCCACAUUUUUGUUUUUGUGUGACGUAGGGGUCAAAUUAUAUUCCGCUGUUCCGAGUCCAGGAAGCGGAACGUGUAUUAAGAUUUUAAGGAACGUCCCGCCUCUCUCUGAAAGCUCACUCAUUGAGAUGGAAGGGUGUUAACUCUCUUACUGUCCAUUAGGUACUUUGCAGCCUAUGCACUACGUUUCUCAGUGUUAUCAAGAAAAUUAAGACAUCAUUAGCUGCGCUCAUCCUCCCCCUUUACCUUUUUAGACUCUUCCAAGAUCUGUGUUAGAUAAAUAAGGAUGGAUUUGUCCAUUUUUUUUUUUUGUUUUUUGUUUUUUUUUUUUGGGGUAGCCUUCCAAUGUGUAUAGUGGCUGAAGGAUCUACUGUUAAAAUGGUAAUCUAAAGCCAGACAGGAUUAGACUCAUCUCAGUCCAGUGAUAUUUAUUAACAACGAAUUCCGUCCUGCGAGUCAAACCAAGAUGGGAAUUCAUGGAUCUGAUUGGAUAUUCGAGUCGGAAUCCUCCAAAAAAAAAAAGGGUGUGUGAGUCUAGAUUUGUUGGAUCGUCUUAUAGAGCACAGGUUUCCGAUAACGUCCAGCUGUACAGUCAGGAUGGGAAAGAAACAAGCUGCCACCUUCGGCAGGAACCCAAUCCAAGCCUAUAUCUCCUUUCCAUCUUUGCACAUUAUUAUAUAAUACAUGUUGUGCAUAUAUUAUCCUUUAGUUUACAAUGUGAGUGUGUUUUCGAUUUGAACUCUUCCUCUCUGCAUACUCGGAUGCCAUUUGUGAUGUAAUUUGUAUCUGAAUGUCCAUAUAAACUGUUUUUUUUAAAUAUA